AUGCUGGCCGUUGAUGAUCUGUACCGUGACGUGGCACAGCCAAAAGGGGCAGCCAAUCAUUGUCUUCAAUGGAGAGCUCGAUCGGAUCCGAUCAGGAUUCUGAAAUGCAGCGGCGCGGUGUGUGGGUGUUGCGUGGCAGGUGGAACGACGACGGGAGCCAAGUUUCGAGUGACCCUGGGUCUGCCGGUGGCGGCGGUGGUGAACUGCGCGGACAACACGGGCGCGAAGAACCUCUUCAUCAUGUCGGUGUGCGGCAUCAAGGGCCGCCUCAAUCGCCUGCCGGCCGCCGCCGUGGGCGACAUGGUGCUACCGGCGGUGAUCGUGCGGCAGCGCAAGCCGUGGCGCAGAAAGGACGGCGUCUUCAUGUACUUCGAAGACAAUGCGGGAGUCAUCGUGAACCCGAAAGGAGAAAUGAAAGGGUCGGCCAUCACGGGGCCGGUGGCCAAGGAGUGCGCGGAUCUCUGGCCUCGUGUCGCCAGCGCCGCCAACUCCAUCCACUGCUGCCGUCUCACCGUGCUGUGUGUGCCUCGUCUCCUCGUGCAGGCACUAGAGGGCGGUGGAAGUGGAGGGCAGCGGGCCACACUGCCAGUGGGUUUUUGCCCGCCGUCACGCAUCGCGCACCCUGCGCACGUCUGCGGCGCUGAUGUCACCCGCAUGGACCACUCCGCACGUCGCCGCGUUCCCCCACCCGCGCCACAUGCCCGCCCCGCGGAGUCGUCGCGCACCUAUCCGCACGCCUCUCCUGUGCGUGCUAUGCCUUGUCUGCCUCGUCCGCCUUCUUCCCGCGCAGGCCUCUCGUCGCCCGUUCGCUCCUCGCCAUCGCAGCUGUCGCCCGCUCCCGCUCGUCGUCGCCUGACCCGAUUGCCCGCGCCUGAUCCCCCCUCGCAAUCCCUCGCCCCGUCGCCUGUGGUGGGGUGGGCGGCAGGCGAGGGAUGGGAGAGGGAUACGUGGCGCGAUCUGAGUGGCGAGUUCGAUGAGGAGGAGGACGAGGGAGGUGAGGGCAGCAGCCGACGGGGGAGAGAAGACGAGGGGGAGCAGGCGCAGGACAAGGGGCCUGUGGGGGGGAUAAGGGGGAAGGCGGGAGGGGGGGGCGCAGAGCAGGGGGGCAGCGGGCGAGGCAGGGGAGGCGGGCGGGCGGGCGGGGCAGAAUGCGGGGGAUGGGCGGGCGUGGUGGCGGGACGGCUGCCCCAGAGAGCUUGGCAGGAGCAGCGGAAGGGGCGAGUUGGGGGCAGGCGGCCGUGGGAGGAGGGGCGCGCGGAGGGUGAAGCGUGGCGGGUGGAGGAGGCGUGGAGGGAGUGGGACCGAGUCGAAGGCCACAGCAGCAGCAGCGGUGGUGGCGGCAGCAGCUUCCAGGGCGAGGAGGCGAGUGACUGCUCGGUGCUGAAGCUGCCCCAUGUCACCGUGCAGGUCAUGGCGUCCUCAUCCCUGCCCGCGUGGCUGGAGGGUUUCUUCACAUGCCCCUGCGGCCUCACCUGCACGCUGUCGCGCAGUGAGGUGCUGGCGGCGCGCCCAGACGCCAUGCUGUACGAGGGGGGCGCGCCCAGGGGGGUGAGAGUCAAGGGCGACCCGCUGCUCGUGCACGUGGCCAUGGAGGCGGAGGGGGGAGGGGGGGAGAGGGGGAAGGGGGCGCGCAGGCGGGCAGCGCUUACCAUCUUCCAUGCCUCAUCACGCUACUCGCCCUGGCGAGCAGCAGCAGCGCCGCUGCUACUGGCGCACCCCCUCACACACCGCUUCGGCCUGCAGACGCCCCUCCCACUGCGCCGCUCCCUGCGCCGCGCCUUCCCCCGCUGCCAGUACUCGCACGCACCCAAGGGGGCAGGGGCGCAGGGCGCAGGGGCGCGGGGGCAGGCGCAGGUGCACGGGCAAGGGGGGACGGGGCCCCCUGGUGUAGGAUUGCAGGGUGGGGCCGUUGCACGGGGCACAUCAGCUGUGGGGCGCAGCGGAAGUGGGGGUUUCAGUGGUGCAAGGGGAGGUAGGGGGGAAGGAGGGACAGGGGGAGAAGAAGGAGGGAGAGGGGAGUGCAGGGGGGGCGGAGGAGGGGGCAGGAUGGACGGCGAGGGAGCGGGAGAUGGCGGGCGUGGACGAGGCAGUGUGCCGAUCUACUACGGGGCGCCAGACGUGGGAGAGUUUGCCCCACCGGAGUCGUUCAUGGAGGGCGGGGCGGAGAGCCAGGAGAGCAUAGUGCGGCGCGUGCACGCCAUGCGCAGCAACGCCACGGCAUACCUCUCCCUGCACGCCUGGCGCCGGUGCGGAGUGCUGGGGGGGCUGCAGCGAGCGCUGAGGAUGGGGUUUGACACUCUGCCGUGCCGCCUGUGCCAUCGCAUCAGCACCAUGGGGGGGCGCGCACACACCUCGCAACCUCGCUCUGCUGAAGAGGAUGCUGCUGCUGCUGGGGGUGAUGGAGAUGCCAUGAACUCGGUCACAACUGUGAUUUGA